AUGGCAUCCGUCGACAUAACCAUGAUCUCAGCCACGAACCUCAAGGCCUGCAAUGUCCGCCUCGCCGCCUCCCUCUCCGGCGACGAAAGCGACAACAAGCAGCGCACCCCCGUCCACAAGAAAGGCAGCACCGCUAACACCUGGAAGGACCACACCUUCAAACUCCCCGUGAGAGAGGCCGCGCCUCGCUGCACCAACCUCAAGUUCAAGAUCGAGAAGGAGGAGCCCUUCUGGAACCCCUUCUUCUGCUUCAAGAAGGGGUCCUUCUUUGGCCGCAAGACUACUUACGUGGUCGGCGAGGUGGAUGUGCCUCUGGAUGGCCGCGCCGGCGACAUGAAUCCCCCGGUGCGGAGCUGUGAAGUGCGGUCCUCCACCCCGGGGAUCGUGGCCGUUCUCCAAUUUUCCUACAAGUUCUCCGAGCAGUUCCCCGUUGAGGCGCCCCCGGAGCUGGAGGAGGAGACAGUCACGGCUACUCCAGCUGCAGAGCGCCCUCAGAGGGGGAACGCCACUCCCGCCUAUUUUCAUGUUCCCCAGGCAGGAUACGUGCCCGCAGCCACUCCACCGCCGCCCCAGCAACACCCCUGGCGGAACUUCCUGGGGAGGGUGACGAACGCGGUGGCCGUGAACGCGAUAGCAAGUGUGAUCAGUAACCUCGGAUUCGACGGCGGGAAUUUUACCGAUGCCUAG